AUGGCAACAUCACUAGAAGGAAAGACUGUUGUGGUAACUGGCGCUGCCGGUGGUCUAGGAAAAGCCAUAGCGAAGGGAUAUCUCGACGCGGGCGCCAAUGUAGCGGUCUGCGACAUUAACGAUGAGCGAUUGGAGCAAGUCCGAAGCGAAUUCGGGCCUACAAGCCGAUUUCUUGCCGAAAAGACGGAUAUCACAGACGAGGCGGCCAUCACAAAGCUUGUGGAGAAUGUUGUUGCCAAAUUCGGCCGUCUAGAUAUAUUGGUUAGCAAUGCCGGUAUGACGGAUAAGUUUGACCCGGUCGGGUCAUUGAGCAAGGAGCACUGGGAUCGUAUUAUCAACCUCAACUUGACGGGUUCAUUUUUGGCGUUCAAGACUGCUGUUAAUACGAUGGAGAAGCAAUCACCGCCCAGUGGUACUAUUAUCCAGAUUGCGUCGACCUCGAGUUGGCAUGGUCUGUCUGCUGGUGCUGCUUAUACGGCAAGCAAACACGGCGUAGCCGCGCUCGUAAAAAGCACAGCAGGGUACUAUGGACCGAAAGGAAUCUACAGCAUCGGGUUACAAGUCGGUGGUAUGCCCGACACCAACAUCCAAGACGGUUUCGCGGCUUUGGGCGGGUUCAACGCGGAGGCGUACGCGAUGAGCGUAUCGGCCAAUUUCAAGCCGGAGCAGGCUAUACAGCUCAAGGAUGUCGCUAAGUACUGCGUGUUCCUCGGCGAUCGGGAUAUCGCGGCGUCGUCGAAUGGGUCUAUGAUUACUUUCGCGAAGAACCAUCCGGUCGCGUGA